AUGAGGCACAAAAAUCAUAAGCUCGUAUUCGCCAUAGGACUGUCAUCACUAUCAUUCUUAACAAUUCUUUUAUUCACAAUCUUUUCUUGUAGGAAGAGAAAACAGAAAGAGUUAGAAUGGAACGAUUUAGAGUCGAACACGAAAAGAGAUAGUUCUGCAAAUUCCAAAGAUUUUAUAAAGUUUGAAGGCUGUGCAGGCUUGAGUUUGCAUGAGAUUCUUGAUGCCCCGGGCGAAGUUAUAGGAAAAUCCAGCUAUGGGACUCUGUACAGGGCUAGUUUACUCGAUUCGAAUUCACUUGCUGUGUUGAGAUUCUUGAGGCCAAGCUGUGCAUUGGGCACAAAAGAGGUUUUGCCAAUUGUGAACAUGUUUGGCUGCAUGAAGCAUCCAAAUUUGGUGCCUCUGAAUGCUUUUUAUGCAGGGCCAAGAGGGGAGAAGCUUAUGGUUCAUCCCUUUUAUGAAUGUGGAAAUCUGUCACAGUUCAUCAGAGUUGGCAAUGGCAAGGCCCGCGAAUGGCCCGUCAUACACAAGAUUUCCAUUGGCAUCACCUUGGCCAUCCAACACCUCCACUCGUCUCUCGGCAAGCCCCUGCCCCACGGCAACCUCAAGUCCAACAAUGUGCUUCUCGACCGUCACUACCGCCCGUACGUCUCAGACUUUGGGCUGCAUCUUCUCCUGAGCCCAACCGCGGCCCAACAGAUGCUCGAGGCGUCUGCCUCUCAAGGCUACACAGCCCCCGAGCUGCUCAAAAUGAGGGACGUCUGCAUGGAGACCGACAUGUAUGCCCUGGGCGUCAUAUUUCUCGAGCUGCUAAUAGGAAAAUUGGCGGCCGAUGAGAAUUCGGGCCAGGCUCGAGAUUUUGAGUUGAGAAGCGUGAUUCUCAAGCGCCGGAUUACGGACUGGUAUCGUUGGGACAUGCUUGUUGGGUUGAGUGGGGACGAGAGGGCUGUUGUUGAGGACCAAGUUUUGAAGUACUUUCAGCUAGCGAUCGCGUGUUGUUCACCCUCACGUCUCGUUCGGCCGGAUAUUGGUCGGGUUCUUGAGAAGCUUCAAGAGCUUGGGAGAUGA